UUAAAGUCACGUGGGGCCGGGCAAUAUUGUCACUCCGUCCCAUUAGAGAAAAGGUGUAUUAGAGGGAAGGGAACGACGAAAUCAUUUCACAUAAAAAACCACUGCAAGCAUCGCGCGAGGACUUUCCCCGUGACAUUCGCACAAUCUCGCACUUUUACAGAGCGCGAGGAUCGAAGGAUGCGGGUGUCCGGGCUUCUGUCUGGCGCGUUCCUACUGCACGUUCUCCUGACCGUCAGAUGCGUGCCCGUGCAUGGGGGACGAGGGCUGAUCCAGCACAAGGAGCAUACGGAUUGGCCACAACUUUCUCAUUACCACUAUGAAAAAAAGAGAGGCAAAGCAUCCCAUCCUCAGGAUCCCCUCAAACCUCCAACGUGGCCAAAGGGUGAAACACAACUCAGGAACAGCUCCAGGGCACCGGGACCGCUGCGAUGUGGGGUCCCAGACUACCUCAACCAAAGAGAGGUGCGUCUCAGCAGACGUCUCCGACAAAAACGCUUUGUGAUUUUUGGAGGACGCUGGCCAAAAACAGACCUGACUUACAAGGAGAAUUUUGCUCCUAUCAGAGAACUGGGUCACAAAGCUAAUCCAGCGUUUCCAAAGCAGAUGAGCAAGGAUAACGUGAGGCAGGUUCUAAAGGAAGCCAUUAAAAUCUGGACUGACGUCACACCCCUUACCUUCACAGAGGUCUUUAACCAAGAGGCAGACAUAGUCAUUGACUUUACAAGGUAUUGGCAUGGAGACAAUUUGCCGUUUGAUGGACCCGGUGGAAUCCUGGCUCAUGCUUUUUUCCCAAGGACACACCGAGAAGGAGACAUCCAUUUUGACUAUGAUGAGGCUUGGACGGUUGGCAAUGAACUUGGAACAGAUCUUCUACAGGUGGCGGCUCAUGAGUUUGGCCAUGUCCUGGGUCUGCAGCACUCUCUGGAGCCUGGAGCCAUCAUGUCUCCUUUUUACGGCUUCUCCUAUCCUCUUCAGCUCAGCGAAGAUGACAAAAAAGGGAUUCAGUACCUCUAUGGAUCUCGACCGCAAGCCCCACCCCAAAUUCCUACAGAAACCAAUGAGAUUAUUAGCAGUGCACCGGACGCCUGCCACACAGACUUUGACGCCGUGUCUAUAAUCCGUGGGGAACUGUUCUUCUUCAAGGCCCGUUACGCCUGGCGCAUAAGGGACGGCCAUCUGCAGGCGGGAUACCCUGCCCUGGCCUCUCGACACUGGAGGGGCAUUCCAGGGAACAUAGAUGCCGCCUACGAAGACAAAAAGGGCAAUAUCUGGUUCUUUGAAGGUUCCAACUACUGGAUAUUUGAUGCAGAGCACCGGAUAGCAGGUCCAGACCAUCUACAAACUUUAGGUCUUUCCGUGACACACAUUCAGGCAGCAAUGCGUUUAAAGGAGUACCACAGCCACCAAACAUACUUCUUCAAAUCUGGAAGCUACUGGCGAAUGGAUCCACAUGAGAACAGAGUCGACCCGGGCUUCCCACGCAACAUUCAGCAUGAUUGGUGGGGCAUCCCUGAUGAGAUAGACGCAGCCUUUCAGGAUGCCCAUGGUAACGCAGUCUUCAUCAGUCGCCGACAGUACUGGAAGUUUGAUCCAGUUCAACGUAAGGUUCUGGAGGGUUACCCACGAUAUGUUGGUCCAGACUUUUUUGGAUGCAGCAUGCCAAUUUUCAUAUUUACUGUAGUAAAGAAGAGUGUAAAGAUCAUGGCAAACAGUGUGACACAGGAGUACAUGCAGAUCCCAGCUGUCACGCGAGCGUACACGACUGCGUGCGUCCUGACUACAGCUGCUGUGCAACUUGAGUUCAUCACACCCUUUCAACUAUAUUUUAACCCUGACCUGAUAUUAAGGCGAUACCAGGUAUGGCGACUGAUCACAAACUUCUUGUUUUUCGGACCCCUUGGAUUCAGCUUUUUGUUCAACAUGAUUUUUUUAUAUCGCUAUUGCCGGAUGCUGGAGGAAGGCUCCUUUCGCGGAAGGACGGCAGACUUUGUCUACAUGUUCCUAUUUGGUGGUUUCCUCAUAACUCUCUUCGGGUUGUUUGCCAACCUGUUCUUCUUAGGACAGGCCUUUACCAUCAUGCUGGUUUACGUGUGGAGUAGAAGAAACCCUUACAUUCGUAUGAAUUUCUUUGGCCUACUCAACUUCCAAGCCCCAUUCCUUCCCUGGGUGCUCAUGGGAUUCUCACUGUUGCUUGGCAACUCCAUUGUUAUUGAUCUCCUGGGAAUUGGUGUAGGACAUAUCUACUACUUUCUGGAGGAUGUCUUUCCUAACCAGCCAGGAGGCAGAAAACUUCUUGCCACACCUGGAAUUUUUCGAGCUCUGUUUGACGCACCUCCGGAAGAUCCCAACUAUUUCCCUCUUCCAGAAGAUGUAGAGAGAGAGGAUACCAGACAAGGUCAAAAUGGGGAAGACCCUCAACAAGAAGAUUAGAAGAAUCCAAUACCACAACGAUUAACAGACAGCACUAAAUGUGGCCAUACAUUUAAGGGUCACCUCAUUGUUUUAUUUAAGGAAGUUUGUUUGUAAAGGAGUUUUUUAAAGCAGAAUAUGUAAUCUCUCCUUGUUAAAGGGAUGGUGUAUUUGGUUGCACUGUGCAUCAGAGAGAGAGACGGUUGCAUUGUGGACUAUGGCCACAUUGACAUUAGGCCACCUUAGUGCCUUGGUGUAACAGAUCACAGUUUUGUGUUCCAUGCACAUUACAAACAAACAAGUAUUCCUUUGUGGUUUUGUUUCGCAAUAACAAUGGCUUUCUGUGUUCGUUCACACCACAUGGUUUAAACAAUUGCUGUUUUCUUAUAAUAAAUUACAAAGCAAUGGUGGCUUUUUAAUGUCAGCAACCGAGUUUAAAGUAAAAUUAUUCAUCCAACUAUUUUAUCUCGAUGAAGGAUAGAAUAGGACAGUUUUGUACUUUUUCUUUGGUAUUCUACUGCAUUUUGGUUUGCAGAGAGCAGUGUUUCCCAACCAGGGGGCCAGGGCCCACAGGGGGGCCUCAAGAUGACUUAAAAUUAUUCAAAAUUGGACAAAACGAGCAUUAAAAUAAGCUAUAACAAGCAAAAAGCAAGAUAUUUCUUAUUUUUUUGGCCAUUUAAUAGCGAAUAUCUGUCUAGUCAUUCCAAGCUCUAGUUAAUUUUAUUUGGAAAAAUUAACUGGGUGGGGGGCCUUCAAAUAUUGUUGUGGGCAACUAGCGGGCCUUGAAGUGAAAAAGGUUGGGAACCACUGGCACAGGGUACUGAUGGAGGUGGACACAUUCACAAACGUGCCAACUAUCUGAAAUGGCAAAUUGAACUGCAGACUAUGCAGUUUAACAGCCUUUGUUAUUGCAGUGCCAAAGCAAAAUGCAAAAAGGCUUUGUGUUUCAAAACAGUUAGAGAUGAAUUGUUUUCAGGAUGAGACUGUUUUCCUGCAAAAGCAUACAUUUGGGAUGGAUACAUUUGGAACCUUUAUGGGCUUUUUUGACUGUUAACACAAAACAGGUAAAGGCUGAUUAUUAAUAAAAACUUGUAAUAUUUACAA